AUGGACUGCUUGCUGUUAUUGGGCGUGGUUGAGAUCCAAUUUUCAUCAGCUCAAUCUGGCACGGGUUAUUUUUUCUCUGUAAUAAGCUCAUUGCCAGAUGAUAUACUCCACAGCAUCCUUUCAUCACUCUUUAUUUUUGAUGUGGUUCAGCUGAGUGUAUUGUCUAAAAGAUGGAAAUACAUAUGGACUACAAUGCCUUAUUUGCACUUUGAUCUUGAUCGAUUUUAUUUAGAACGGGUCAAUCGGCCUUGUGAUAUCGCAAUGGUUGAGAAAUUCAAAGAAUUUAUCAAUUGGGUCUUAAUUUCCCAAAGGGCGACUAAGCUUGUCCGUUUUCUUUUAUGUUGUAGCAAUAUCUUCGACAAGGUAGCUAUUUUGCGAUGGAUUCAUGCAACAACUAGGCGAAAUGUUCAAGAAGUUGUGUUACACUUUUCUCUUGGUGAACCGUUUGAGUUGCCAUAUUGUCUUGUAACUUGUGAAUCUUUGCAAGUUUUAAAACUACACUUGUGUGGGGACAUACUUAAACUGCCUAAUCAUUUUGGAUUUCGUCAGCUGAAAUUGCUUCAUCUUGAGGAGGUCGACUUAUCAGACGAGCAUUUGACAAGUUGCUUGUUCUCAAAAUGUUAUCACCUCGAAACUUUGAUCUUAGAAGAAUGUAGUUUAGGAGCUAUGAAACUACUUGAUAUUGCUUCAGCAUCUCUUAUUUAUCUUACUUUAGCAAAUGUGAAUUAUAAUAUGGAGAGUUAUGACAAUUGUGAAGUCAAAAUUUCUUGCCCCAAUCUCAAGUUCUUAAAAUAUCAAGCUCCAAUGCCAAAGGAUAUAAUCGUCGAGAAUCUCUUUUCAAUAGAAGUUGUUCACUUCUGCAUUUAUGAUUCAAACGGCUCACGUGAAGAAACUGGCAUACUUGUGCGUAAGAUGAUCAAGGAGGUUCCUUCUACAUCAAUUUUGAAGCUAUACAAGACUGCCAUUUGGGGUCUUUACGAAGCAGCUCGCAAAGAAAGACUCUCUCCUCUCUCUUUUUAUAAGCUGAAGUCCUUAAAGCUGUUUGUGGAUGUUGAUGAAGAUUUUAUGCAAGUUAUGAUAUUAUUGCUCAAGUAUGCUCCUAAUCUGGAGGUUCUUAAAUUGUGGUCUGAUGAGAAUGGAGACUGGACUGAGAAUUGGCAGAUGCAUGAUCCUGAUGAAAGCAUUGUGUGCUUGGACUCUCAUCUAAAGUCGAUUCAGUUGAUUGGUUUCAAAGAAGACGAAAAUGAGAUAGAACUAGUAAGGUUUUUUCUGAAGAAUGCACAGGUAUUGGAAAAGUUGACGAUUGUCUGGGCCCCUAGCUAUGCUAAAAAAUCAGAAGAGGCAUCAGAGGAAAUAUCGAUAUUUCCUAGAACUUCAUCGCAUGUUGUUGUGACAUUUCUUGAUGCCAAGCCCUGGCCCAAACCAAGAACUGGUAAGUGGUACAGCAGUUAUGAAAAAUGACACGACUUGGAAGAUGAUUGAUUGUUGGAGCCCAGACUAUAUAAGCAUUAUUUACAUUGGACCGUGAAGUUUAUGAAACUUCUUUGGCUGUUUUUCCCUUUCAUGUUUGAACUAAUUAAUGUAGGAGUAGUAAUUACCGA